GUUCAAUGUCUUUUCAUCAUCACUCUAUUAUUUUUUAUGUUGUUGAGUAGUCAGUCAGCAAGUCUACGAAUUCAAUUUUUUGUCUUCGUUUGAUUACACAUUAUCACAAAUAUUAACUUUUCUUAUAAUUAUUAUUUAUAAAGAAUAAUUACUUGAUCACUCUGUUCAAUGUACAUGGAUUCCAGUUCUGAUGGUUCAACAAUUGGCGAAUCAACAAUCACCUCAGGCACAUCAACUCUCCCAGUUAACAAUAAAACACUUACAAGUUGACAGACGUACACCAUCUCUUUCUAAAUUUGAACAUACUAUUAUUUAUACGCCAAAUAGACAGUUUAAAAGAAUUGAUCCCACUGAACAGUAUCGUUCAUAUUCAGCGCCAAAAAUCUAUCUAGACGAUAAUUCAAAUAUGGCGAAUAUUGAUCCAUUAGUGAAAUACCAUGAUGAUGAUGAUUGUGAUGAUGCAGAUCAUUCACGAAUACGAAACACAUCAAAAUCUUAUCAUCAUCAGCAUCAUCGUCGACACCACCAGGAGUCUCAUAGACCAUCUGAUGGGAAUUUCAGUGUUCGAUCAAGUUAUGAAAUUGAGUUAAACAAAUACAGACAUCAUAACAAUAACAAUAUUGCAGAUAAUCGAAUGCCGCAUUCACGGUACAAUACCCUGUCAAAUACAUUCAGUCGUAGAAUUGAUAAUAAUGAUGCUUUAAAACCUUAUUCAUCUGUACGAUGUCAUUCAAGCCCAUUCAGAGGAGGAGGAGACUAUGAUCAUCAGAAUGCCUUGCAUAGUUAUGAUUCACACAUUAACAGCGGAUUAAUUACAUCGCAGCCUAGACGUCCACCGCUACUUCGCAAUUUACACAAUCAUUUGAAUUUAUCACCAUGGAAACAUGAGUCGUCAAUAUUUCAUUCUAUAGAUAAUCAUGAAAAGAAUUCCUUAUCAACACGUUCCCUAUGCCCCGGAAUACCAUCACAGAAAUGUGUUGAACAGACUGCAGAGAUUGGUUUAUACAAGACAGCCAUGUUUGUUAUCCCAUCACCGAAUUCAGCAUCUUUGCCUAAUGUUCAAAAUAUCAAAGGUACACUGGAAGAAGAAACAGACUAUAAUCGUUCUCUGCGUCAUAAACGUCAUCGUCAAGGUCAUGGUCAUGGUAACGGUCACCGGCAUCAUCAUUCGCAUAGUCAUCAUAAUCAUAGAGAAUGCUGUGAUGCUGGGAAUACAAUGAUUAGCAAGUCGUGUAAUAGUAAAUUACGUACUUAUGUUUGUAGUGGUUGUGGUCGUACAACAACAAAACGCAAAAAGGUGAAAUAUUUACCGUCAUCGUCUCAUUCAUGCAUUUCUUUGGAUAAGUGUUCAACACCACAUUUCAUCAGUUCAGCAUUUAACACCAGCAACAUUAAUAAUAACAAUAACACUAAUAAUAAUAAUAAUACUGCCAAUUCUCGGCUGGACAUAGACGAUGGAUUCGACCCUACUGUUUUUCAUUCGUCUAGACAACUCACAGACGACAAUCGAUAUUAUGCCUCACCAGUUAGAAAGUCACUCAGUUAUAAUAAACGUGAAGAUAUACAAACUACCGGCGACUAUGUCAGUAACCAUAGUAACAGUAAUACAAGUCUAGAUAAGAUAAAAUCUUAUGACUAUUUACCGAAAUGCUCGAAACCGUUGAAUGCCAUCUCACGACCAGAUUGUAAUAAGAUUGUUGUUGACAUUAAACCGAGGCAAAUGAAUGAAGCCGAUAAACAACAGCAUAUUACUCAGUGGAUACAGAUUGGAACGCUGGGGGAUGCUGCAAGUUCACCGACUAGAUUACCUCUUCAGUCGAAUGAAUAUCAUGAAAGCGAUAUGGCUGUACUACAGCAGUCUGACAAUUCUGAUUAUGAUGUUUCGAUACCUGUUGAUCACUCAAAUGAAGUCAACACUGGCUGGAGAAAUUCUUCAACUGUGCAUAGUCAACAAGACAAUCGGCAUUUGAUGGAGAAAUUUGUUAGUCAACAGAAAAACUCACCACUAUCACCACCACUAUCGCCAUCACCUCCACCGGCACCCGUACCGCCACGAAAACAACAAUUACAACAAGAUAAUCAUAAGAAAGACAUGAAAUCUAAGGUGGAGAUAAUAAAACAUAUAGCCAACAGCCACGUAAAUGGCGUACAAAGUCAAAACAUAGGUGAAGAUGAUGUGGCACGAAGUCGUACGAAAUCCAAUUGUACAAAUUCUCCUAUUAAUGAAAUUAAACUAGAGUUUGUGAACAACGCAAAUCACAUUGGCAAUAACAGUGAUGAAGGUGGUUACAUAAAUAACAAUAAUAAUAAUUAUGAGAGAAGUAGUCGGAUGAAUGCACAACCAACACAACUGAUUCAUAUGGAGAGAGAUCUUGUGAAUGGCAGCAAUAAGCAUCAGAAUAACAACAAUACUGAGAAGUCGACAUCUUCUGAGACACUUGACUCAAACAUAUCUCAAUCAAAUCCAGCCGGUGGUGCUGCUAACAUUGAUAUUGAACGGGUUAUCACAAUUCAGAGUUCUAAAGUACGCAGUAAUAACAAUAAUAAUAAUAAUAAUGAGAAUAACUUGACACAUUUUAAAACAUCCCAAGAAACAGUCUCUUUAACUUUUAGUCACAAUAAUAAUAGUAAUAAUAAUAAUAGUAAUUACUCUGAUGAACCAGACAGAUCAAUAUCAUCACCACCAAUUUUAGCGCCUAAACCAAAAGCAUGCAGUACUGAAAGGAUAUUCCUGAAAGACAAGAAAUCAAAGAAAGCCUCCACACUGACAACAUCAGAAAUACGCUAUAUGAAUAGUAAGAUAUCCAGUAAUUUAUCAAGUGUUAAAGACAUAACUAGUUUAUUUUCAGCGGGAAAUUCAAAUAAAAUUGAACAAUUGAAUGAUUCAACUGAGGUUGCCACGGAAUUAUUCCCGAAUUUAAUUCGAAAUCGUGAUACACCAAUACCAAAUGUAAAGAAUUUAGUUAGCUACUUUUCAGAAUUAAUAAAACUGCAUACAGAUGAAGAGAAACACUGUUCACCGUCGAUGUCGAAUAGUGUUAAUAAUCUUAGCCGACUAAAGGGAUUCGACAGUGAAAUGACAUUGAAUCAUCGACAUGUCUUACGUGAAGAGGUUGAGGAAGGUGAGGAGAUGGGCGAGGAGGAGGAGAAUGGGGAGGAGGAUUAUGACUUAGAUAUACCAGCUAGUGUAUCACCAUUUCUACUUCAUCAUGAAACACCGACUGCACGUGAACGUCGGUUACAAGCUGUAGAAUCAUUGAGACGUCGUUCAACACUCCAUAUGAAAUAUGAUUUAUACAGAGUAUUCCCACCAGGAUGCAGUACAGCGUCAUCAUCAUUUCUAGAGAGAUUAGGUCAUCGAGUAGUGGCUGAGAAUAUGAGUGAUUGUUCAAAUAACAAUAAUAAUCAUAAUAAUGAUAAUAACAAUAAUAAUAACAACAGUAAUGGGAAUAUUUGUAGAGGUCUUGAUAACGAUCCUAUUCGUCGACCACUUUCUGCACCGAAAUUCCAAGUACGCAUGCAAGCAAAUCUACAGAAAGACUCAACAGCUAUUGCAGCUCAAUAAAGUUCUAUCAACCCCAACGCAAAAAAAAUGAUUCUGAAGUGCACAUUCAUUAAAUGACUACAUGAAGUUAUGAUUUGCUUCGGGGAU